AUGUCUGGAUCGACGUACGUAUCUGACCCUAGAAUAUGGAAGACAUUUUACAAAAACAUGUUAGACGGGAAAUUUAAUCCUCGAAAUUAUAAAGGAAGGCAGUCCGGCAGUGGAAUUGCAGGGAUGUAUUCUAAGAAGCCUUACAUGAUACCAGUUAAUCCACAUAUUACUGUUGAAGAACCAAAAGAAAUAGUAGGCAAACAGGUGACUCCUCUUGCAGCAGUAGAAGAACGUGCCAAAGGAGAAUUAAAAGAGGAAAUUCGUGAAAAUAUUCCACACGUUCCAGUAGCUAGUAUAAAAGCGGAGAAUGAUCAGAAUUUACACAUUUCAACCAAGAAGAGGAAGAAGUCAGGGAAAGGAGCAACACCAGGCUGUGCUGACAAAAUUACCGAAAUUGGUCUUCCUGCUGAACUGUCUUUAUUUACCGUACCACCCAAUCAAGUUGCAGUAGAAAAAAUAUAUUUUGCGGAAUACCGUCCAGUGUCAGCAUAUAAUACAGAAGAUGCCCCGAUAGAAAUCUCCAUACCUGGUCAAGGAAACGAAUACAUUGAUUUACGAAGAAGCCGUUUAUAUGCAAAAUGUAAAAUUGUCAAAGUAGAUGGAACAGCUUUAGCAGCCCAAGAAAAAACUGGUAUUAUAAACCUCCCUCUACAGUCACUUUGGUCCCAGAUAGACACAUAUAUGAACGGGAAAUUAGUUUCUCUGAACACCAGUUAUUACCCAUGGAAAGCCUACUUAAAACUCAUCUUGUCUAGUGGAACUGAUGCCUCAGAAUCGCAAUUACAAUCACAACUUUUUUAUCUAGACGAUGCUACAAUGGAUGAUGGAAAUGCAUACGGUGGAACAAAUGGCGGUUUGGCAAAAAGGUAUAUCUUUACAAAAGAGAGCAAAAUUUUUGAUAUGGAAGGACCUUUGUACGAAGACAUUUUCCGUUUGGAUAAAUACAUAUUAAAUGGUGUAGACGUAAACCUAAAAUUAUUCCGGAGUAGAGCAUCAUUAUUGGUUAUGAGUGCAGAGUCAACCCCAGCAUACAAAGUACAACUGUUGGACGUCUCAUUUAAAGCCUGCAUGAUUAAAGUGGACAGUGGGGUGUUAAUUAAUCAUGCAGAAAUAUUAAAAGAAACUACAGCGAAAUACCCGUUGAUAAGAACAGAAGUGAAGAUGAACACUUGUCCUUUAGGGUCUGGAAGCUUUAUAUGGCAAAACGUUUGGUCUAACAAUCUACCAACAAAGGCAUACUUUGCAUUCAUCUCCCAGUCUGCAGUAAAUGGUAGUUACACCAAAAACAUAUUUAAUUUUCAAAAUUUGGCAGAAGAAAUUGCAUUGUACGUGAAUGGCGAAAGCAUUCCAGCAAGACCCAUGAAAAUUGAUGUAGGAGUAAACGAGAACCACGUCACACCAUUUGUGAAUCUAUUUGAAGUGGCUGAGAAAUGGAACCAAGACGCCGGACUAAGCAUAACGCGCACCAUGUUCAACGAGGGAUAUGCAAUUUAUGCAUUUAAUCUCGCUCCUAGUGAUUUAGGAGAAGAGUAUAUAAAUUUAGUUCGGCAGGGAAGUGUCAGAUUAGAAGUGAAAUUUGCCGCGAAUACUACAGAAACGUUAAAUUGUUUGGCUUAUGCAGAAUUUCCCGCUUUACUUGAAAUUGACCAAUCCAGAGACAUCAAAUACACACGAGUAUGA